GGCUCCCGCCCCGCUCCGCCAUCAUGAAGUCCUGAACAAAAAACGGAUGGGAGUGAAGCAAAAUGGGGAUAUAACACUGACUGGAGAUGAAAUUCACCGACAACACUAACGAAAUGACAGCACACAGCGGCGCAGGGAGCGGACCUGUGUAAAUUAAUGCAUCAGUUUCCCAUUGAAAACGUCCCGGGCAGCUCCUGGCGUUACGUUAUAUAGUUAGCGGUGUUGCUAACAGCAGCCAGAGCUAGCCGCUGAUUUUCUUUGGCUCUCUGCUUUAGUAGCUGCCUGGCUCGUUUAGCUGGCAGCCGUCAGUCAGCUUGCUGUCACUGUAAUCGACUGGCACUUCACUCAUGUCAAGUCUUGCAGACACACUAGCUGUCCAAUUGAGUGGGAGCAUCAGGAUGGAGAGCCAUUUGAGUAAAAGCAUCGACAGGCAGAAUGUGGUUUGUUCGUGUUGAAUAGACACCAGUGUCGAGGAAAGGGGAGUGAGACCAAUAAUUUCCAGCCAGGCCAGUCGGCUAGCUUCAGGGCUAGCUACAGUGGAUCCCAAAAGCCACGGCGCUGGCCAUGCCAUCGAGUGUGCGGGCCGGGAGCCUGAAGGACCCGGAGGUGGCUGAGCUGUUCUUCAGGGAGGAUCCUGAGAAGCUCUUCACAGACCUGAGGGAGAUCGGACAUGGAAGCUUCGGAGCGGUCUACUUCGCUCAUGACAUCCGCACCAAUGAGGUGGUGGCCAUCAAGAAGAUGUCCUAUGGCGGCAAACAGUCCAAUGAGAAAUGGCAGGAUAUCAUCAAGGAAGUCAAGUUCCUCCAGAAGCUGCGCCACCCAAACACAGUGGAGUACCGGGGCUGCUACCUGAGAGAGCACACAGCAUGGCUGGUGAUGGAGUACUGCUUGGGCUCAGCUUCAGACCUCUUAGAAGUCCACAAGAAACCCCUGCAGGAAGUGGAAAUAGCGGCUAUAACCCAUGGUGCACUGCAGGGAUUGGUGUAUCUUCACUCUCACAACAUGAUUCACAGGGACGUGAAGGCAGGAAACAUUUUGCUAACAGAGCCAGGUCAGGUCAAACUGGGAGAUUUUGGCUCCGCCUCCAUCGUUGCUCCAGCCAAUUCCUUUGUGGGAACACCUUACUGGAUGGCCCCUGAGGUGAUCCUGGCUAUGGAUGAGGGUCAGUACGAUGGCAAGGUGGAUGUGUGGUCACUUGGCAUUACCUGCAUAGAGCUGGCGGAAAGGAAGCCUCCUCUGUUCAACAUGAAUGCUAUGAGUGCCUUAUACCACAUCGCCCAGAAUGAGAGCCCCGUGCUGCAGUCCAAUCACUGGUCCGAUUAUUUCCGCAAUUUUGUGGACUCCUGUUUGCAGAAGAUCGCCCAGGACAGACCUACCUCUGACGUGCUGCUCAAGCACCAUUUCCUAUGCAGAGAGCGUCCCAUGACAGCUGUGAUGGACCUGAUCGCCCGCACCAAGGAUGCUGUCCGCGAGUUGGACAACCUGCAGUACCGGAAGAUGAAGAAAAUCCUCUUUCACGAGGCACACAAUGGUCCAGCACCAGAAGGAGGGGAAGAGGAAGAGGAUGUGGAGCAGUACAUGCUGCGCACCGGCACAGUCAACAGCAUGGAGAGCUCCCACUCUCUGCCUUCCAUGUCCAUCAGCGCCAGCUCCCAGAGCAGCUCCGUCAACAGCCUGGCAGACGGCUCCGACGACAGCGGGGAGAUGGCCAUGAUGCAGGAGGGCGAGCACACAGUCACCUCCAACAGCUCUGUCCUGCACAAGCCCCUGAGCCAUGACAACAUCUAUGAUGAUCCCUAUCAACCAGAGGUCGAGUUACAUCGAGAGGCCUCAUCUGCUGGUGGUGGUGGAGGUGUAGGAGGAGGAGGAGGUGGAGGAGGAGGAGGAGGAGGAGGAGUUGGAGGUGGUGGUGGUGGUGGUGGUGGUGGAGGAGGAGGAGGAGGAGGUGGAGAAAGGAGACGUCGUCGAGGCAGAGACCAUUUUGCCACCAUCAGGACAGCCUCACUCGUCACUCGUCAGAUCCAGGAACAUGAGCAGGGCUCGGCUCUGAGAGAACAGAUGUCUGGGUAUAAGCGAAUGCGGCGGCAGCACCAGAAGCAGCUGAUGGGCCUGGAGAACAAGCUGAAGGGAGAGAUGGACGAGCACCAGCUGAGACUGGACAAAGAGCUAGAGAACCAGAGGAACAGCUUCUCCAUGGAGGGAGAAAAACUGUCCAAGAAGCACCAGGUCAUCCUGGAGAAGGAGACAAAGGCGGUCUUAACUGAGGAGAAGAAGUUCCAGCAGCACAUUCUGGCCCAGCAGAAGAAGGAGCUGACCAGUCUGCUAGAGUCCCAGAAACGACAGUAUCGCCAACGCAAGGAGCAGCUCAAAGAGGAACUGAAUGAGAACCAGUCGACACCAAAGCGGGAGAAACAGGAGUGGUUGGUGCACCAGAAGGAGUGUCUGCAGCAGCUGCAGGCGGAGGAAGAGGCGGGCUUGCUGCGGAGGCAGAGGCAGUACUAUGAGCUGCAGUGUCGCCAGUACAAGAGGAAGAUGCUGCUGGCACGCCACAACCUGGAGCAGGACCUGCUCCGAGAGGAGCUGAACAAGAAGCAGACCCUGAAGGACCUGGAGUGCGCCAUGCUGCUGCGUCACCACGAGUCCACCCAGGAGUUGGAGUUCCGCCAGUUGGGUCUGGUGCAGCACACACGAGCCGAGCUGAUCCGCACGCAGCACCAGACGGAGCUCACCAACCAAAUGGAGUACAACAAGAGGCGCGAGCAGGAGCUGCGUCAGAAACACGCCGUGGAGGUCCGCCAGCAGCCCAAGAGCCUCAAAUCCAAAGAGCUGCAGAUAAAGCGUCAGUUCCAGGACACGUGUAAGAUCCAGACCCGUCAGUACAAGGCUCUGAGGAACCACCUUCUGGAGAACACGCCCAAAUCGGACCACAAGGCCGUGCUGAAGCGUCUGAAGGAUGAGCAGACCCGUAAGCUGGCCAUCCUGGCAGAGCAGUAUGACCACUCCAUCAAUGACAUGCUGUCCACACAGGCUCUGCGAUUGGAUGAGACUCAGGAGGCGGAGUACAAGGUUCUCCGGAUGCAGCUGCAGCAGGAGCUGGAGCUGCUCAACGCCUACCAGAGCAAGAUCAAGAUCCACACAGACACACAGCACGAGCGGGAGGUCAAGGACCUGGAGCAGAGGGUGUCCAUCCGCCGUGCGCUGCUGGAGCAGAGGAUCGAGGAGGAGAUGCUGUCUCUGCAGAAUGAGCGCUCUGAACGUAUCCGCACCCUCCUGGAGCGACAGGCCAGUGAGAUCGAGUCCUUCGACUCCGAGAGUUUGCGUCUUGGCUUCAGUAAUAUGGCUCUGUCGGGCAUCCCAAGCGAGGCCUACCCCAUGCAGGGGUACUCCAACGUCCCACCCCCUGGCUCCCGCUCCGCCGGACACUGGAGCCAUGGCCUGCACCCGCAGAUGGCUCCCCCCCAGCAACACUCCCGCCGCAGCCACAACAGCAGCAGCAGCAGCGGCAUCAGCAGUGGUAGCGGAGCCAGCGAUCGCCGCAGUGAGUCUUCAUCCUCCUCCCACGCUCUUGGACUGGCUCUGGGUCUGGGGCGAGACAGCAGGGAGAUGCACCACUCGUCCCGCUCCUCCGCCUCCUCUUCUUCUUCCUCCUCCUCCUCUUCCAGCCACCACCAGCGCCACCACCUGCCCCAGCACUACCACCACCAGAGCACGCCGCAGCUGUACCGGGAGCGCGAGAGGGAUCGGGACCGCGAUAGGGAGCGGGAGAAGGAGAGGGAGCGGGAGUGGGCUGGAGUGCGAGGCUCCGGCGGCGACCUGGCCCACCCACACCCCCUGCCCUUCUCCCAUCACCUGCCCUCACGCUCCUCCUCCCAGUCCCUGGCCAUGCUACCUCCCCCGCCACCUGCUCCUCCGUCCAUCUCCGGCCCGUCCUCCUCCUCCUCUUCCUCCUCCUCCUCACAGGGGGGGAUCUACAGCGGCGCUGGGCUCGGUGUACGCGGUGCCCCGAGCCUGAUGGCCCUGAGGAACAGCCCCCAGCCUCUGAGGAGGACGGCUUCUGGCGGUGGGCCCGGAGGAGCUGGGGGCAGCGACGGCGUCUUGAGCAGAAGUACCUCAGUCACUUCACACAUCUCCAACGGCUCCCACAUCUCCUACUCGUAGAUGAGAGGAGGAGGGCAGCACAGAGGGAGGUGAUUUAGGAAGGUAGCUAUCACAGGCUGCAUCUCAACACUCUCAGCUUCACACCUCAACUUGUGCCCUUUUAAUGGGGCUGACCUUGACUGUAAGAUUAGCUGAAAUGUAAAGGAUUCUGGGUCAACGAGAGGUUGAACUGACAGUUUUGAGCUGCACCCUGCUUCUUCAGACUCAGGGUGGCUUGAGAGGUUUUCUCCCAUUCUCACAGGUGUAAACAUAGUAGGGAGGAAUGUAACCACCUGUGAAACCACCAGAUUUAGGUGAUCUCAGAUAUUAAAAAAAGAGAAGGUUUGUGUUCAGUGUUUUUAUCUUUGUUACCGCCUGUAUAAAAUGAAACAAAAGUAUGAAAGGAGCUGCCCUUUUUUUCCCUCCACGAGCUGCAGAAAGAGAGACGGCAGCCAUGUCUUCUUCUAUGAUGUUCUUUGCUGGAAUGGAGAAAGAUGGAGGACAGGGUGGAGGGAAAAAGGGAAGAAAAAACUUGUUUUUUUUGCAUUGUGUUUGUUCUUGUAUGUGGUUGGUAGUGUCCAGAAUAUAUCUAGCAAGCACUCUUAAGUUCUGCUCCAGGUAGGGAAAGGGGAGAAUCAAAAAACAUGGCUGACUUUAGUCUCCAGCUCCUGCUGACACUUUUUAUUGAUUUACUGUUGUUGAUUUUUUUUAUAUGAAGUGUAUACAACCCACAAAAACAAGUUGCUUGGAACGUCACCAAUGCCUUUAAGGAGUCCUUAAAGGGGAUGUCCUGCCAUCAAAGUUUUUAUUUGAUGACUGCAAGAUGAUUUAAAAAAAUACACCGAAUGUUUGUAAAGGCGAGAGACUCUGUUCUAAAAAUGCAGCUGGGAUGAGGAGGAACAUUGUGUGGAUAUGUACAAACAAACACCAAAAACAAGCUUUCCAGCAUCCAUGACAUAUUGAGUAUCUAAACAAACCUAGGUGUCUAUGGGAGUCACUUCAAUGCAUGAGAUAGAUGUACAAAAAAAACAAACAAAAAAAACAUUUGUAAACAUGACCAAACACAUUUGAAAUGUACCGUACCUGUCCAAGUUUCACUGGCAUUUAAGAUCACUCGUCCCACACUUUUUGAUCUCUUACUGUACAUAUUUAUGGUAAAAAUGAAAAACAAAAACAAGUCAUUGGUUUUAUAGAGUAACAAAGAUAAUGAUAGUAAUUUUGAUAUUAUUCAAAUGAGUACGGGACUCAAGAGUUAGAAGUGGAAAAACUCCAACUGCAUUUUCUAUAGGUGUCAAUAUUACCAUAAUUAAUCCUGAUGUUAUUGUUGUUGUAAUCAUGUUCACAAAGGGCCCACUUUUGACUCCAAAAAAAGCUGAUAAAAAAACUGUUGCAUUGUCAGGUAUGGUGUGUUCAAGGUAUUAAUGAUUAUUAAUAAGAGACGAUUAUUAAUAAUUGUUAAUUAUUUAUGUAUGUGUCGAGCAGUGACGUCUGGUUAUAUUGCCACAUUUUUUUAAAGACAAAACAACGGAGUUUUAAAAGGACAUCCCACAUAAAGUCUGACCUCCUUCUCUUGGACUCUCAUAGAGACUCAAUGAUUUCAUAAUUGGGCACUGGAAUGUAAAUGCUGGUUUUCCCUUUUCAUUUAUUUAUUUUCAGUUUAUGGGGGUUUACCUUUCAAAGCAGUAUCUCACAGGAAUCUGCACAAUCGUUGUUGAUAAUCUGAGCAUGUGAUCAAUGCGAACAAGCUGGAAGUGUGUGAUGAAGAAGGAGAAGAAAAAGGAUGGGUGUUGACUGAGCUGCUGUGAUCCUGCAGCAGCAGUGACCGCAGUAACCCGUCCCCACACAUAAAGACACCAAUCAGUGUUUUCCUGGUGCACAUGAGGCUCCUGAAGACUCUUUUUUUUCCUCCCUCUUUUUGGGUCAUUUACUUGAAGGGGAUUAGAAAUCACUGGACUUUUUUGUUUUGUUUUACCUGAAGAAAAGAAGAAGAUAAUCACCCUGCUGUUUGUAUGACUCAGAAACACCAGCUCAAGACAAUUCCCUGUAUAACCUACUAUUUUAUGCUUGGUUGAAAUCUCAGUGCAUGCAUGAAACUCCUUAUAUAAACUAAGACUGGCGGGAUCGGGGACGGCCUUUGUGUUGGGGAAGUCAGUGUGAUAGUGCGUUUAGACGGGCUGUUGUCUGUGUCCGAGCGGGUGGUCUCACCUACUGCCCGGUUUAACAUGAAGACGAAGAAGCGACACAGACGCUGUGUUUUGCAGAGUUUU